AUGACAUGCGACAUUAAGGAUGAAAACGACCCGUACAAAAUCAAUAUCCAAUUGGAGGAUGAGAGGAACUACGGGCGUAAACUUUUCUUUGAAAAAGGGCUUAGUGCACUAUUAGCCGAUCCACACUUUUUGCUUGUAUACGUGCCAGAGAAUGGAGACAAGAUGCGUAUUAUACGACCUGCCAGUGAUUCCGAACAUCGAAAGCGAAUCAUCAAAAUGAUCAAUGGAGCAAGAGACGUCCCAUCAUUUUAUUAUGUUUUAUCUCAUGUGUGGGGCCUUUCAGAAAACAACCGAUACCUUUGGCACGAGAUUGGAGACCACGUGGAUGACGAAGAUGGGAAGCCUGUUGAUCCUGUUUCCAUGCGACCUGAAAAGCGCAAUACGCUGUUGUCAAUGCUCAAGGAUUAUCCUGGAAGUUAUUGGUGGAUUGAUGUUUUGUGUGCACGUACCGAUACGCCAUUGGAUAUUAUGGGUGAUAUCUAUGCUUGUUGUCUUGAAUGCGUUGCUAUGAUCGAUUGUGAACCUACUUUGAUACCGCAACUUACAUCAAUGAUGGGUGUCAGAGAACACUUAUUUGACUCGGUGUACGUACCUGAGGAUGACCCAUUUGCGAAGGAGCUUUACGAUGUAAAGUUACCCAAAGUGAGAGACGCCUUGUUUACGUUGAUGCAAUGUUCUUGGUGGACACGUGUAUGGACCUGGCAAGAGAUGGCCCUACCAUUAGGAGAGGUGCGUCUGAUGGCUGAAACAGGCACUCAUCGCGAACCUUUGGCCAACACAAUCACUCUAAAUGGUUUAUUCGACAAAUUCCGGCAUGUGGUCACUGUGAUGGAUAAUAAAGGAUAUCGAGGAGCAAAUGCUCUGCGCCUUUGGUUCUCUGAGAUCCAUUCUCCUAUUAGAUACAUUGAGGGUGCCAAAGGAGAUACUCAUUCUGACUUUUUCUACCUGCUUCGCACAUUGGGUGCUUCCACCAGACGCUGCAUGGAUCCUGCUGAUUAUGUCUAUGGCGUGUUGGGCAUAUUCCAGUUGAAAAUUCCAAGGAUGACCGACUCGGGUGCAGUGUGGCAGCAUUUCUUGACCGAGUUUGAUAAAUACAUGGAGAGAAUGAAGAACAAGGAAGUUGGUCUUGAAGGAACUAUCAUUGGGAUUAGUGAUCGUGCUCGGAAAGUCAAUUUAUUGGAAGCUAAAGAUAUGAGCGAUGUAUACAAUGGGUUUUUAGAGAUGCUUAAAGUUACUCCCAAAAGCAAAUAA